AGUAUCAUUCGUCUUGAAAAAUAGCGCGGGAGAUUUCGUACCUCUCUCCAUUUCAAUCGUUUGUUCGUUCCCUUACCACUCGACUCAUCGCAAGAGAAAAAUGGGGCGUCACGACCUCGAAUUGGAGAAAGCUCGAUUACUAAGCUUGGCUCUCGAUUGCGGCUUCGACGUAGAAUCGGCACAGAAAUGCUUGGAUCGUUUGAUUUCUCUCUAUGGCGAUGAUGGCAAAGAUUUUGUCACUGUGGAGUGCUGUGGUGAUGACUUUCUUGCGGCACUAGCUGAAUGUAUGCAAGAUAGUGAGGACUGGGAUGAUGAUUUGCAAGCUAUAGAAUCAGAAGCUUGUGGAGCUUUAAGUGACAUGUUUGAGAAAAAUUCUAUUAAUAAUAUUAAGGGUGAUAACAAUGAUGCUGCAAGGGAAUACAUCAAUGUUAUUGAUAAUUCACCUGAACCUCAUAAGCAGCAGACUUGGAUGGAGUUGGAUUCGUCUAGUGAUAAUGAGGAUCCAGACUUCAGUAUUACAAAGGGAAAGGAUUCUAUGUCUACCACCUCAGGUAGACGCUUGUCAAGAUCUAUGGAUUGCAAGAGUAGUGUCACUCAAGGUUCAGUCUCAUCAAUUUCCCAAAAAAAGCAACACCAUCAAAUACAAAAAGAUGGACGGCGGAUUCUCAGUUAUGAAGAAUUGCAGGCCUUGGAUGACUUUGAGUUGGCAAAUGUUGUAAUAUUUGGUAACAUGGCAUUUCGUCCAUUGCAGCAUCAGGCUUGUAAAGCGUAUGUGGCAAAGCAAGAUUGUUUUGUUCUAAUGCCUACUGGAGGUGGUAAAAGUUUAUGUUACCAGCUUCCAGCAACUCUAAAACCAGGUGUUACAGUGGUUGUGUCUCCUUUACUUUCUCUCAUUCAGGAUCAAAUUAUCACCUUGAACCUCAAAUAUGGAAUACCAGCAACUUUUUUGAAUUCUCAGCAAACUGCUUCUCAAGCUGCUGCUGUCCUUCAAGAGCUAAGGAAGGACAAACCAUCAUGUAAGCUCUUAUAUGUGACUCCCGAAAGGAUCGUUGGAAACUUGGCAUUUCAUGAAAUAUUAAAAUGCCUGCAUUGGAAGGGACAACUAGCUGGUUUUGUUGUUGAUGAAGCACAUUGUGUGAGCCAAUGGGGGCAUGAUUUUCGUCCAGAUUAUAGGGGACUGGGAUGGCUUAAGCAGAAUUUCCCAGAUGUUCCAUUGGUGGCUUUGACUGCCACAGCAACCCAGUCAGUUCGUGAGGAUAUCUUAAAAGCUUUAAGAAUUCCAAAUGCUCUUGUACUUGAGACAAGCUUUGAUAGACCCAAUUUAAAGUAUGAGGUGAUUGGAAAGACCAAAGAAACACUAAAGCAGCUCGGGCAGCUUCUAAAGGAUCAUUUCAUGAAUCAAUGUGGAAUUGUGUACUGCCUUUCAAAAACCGAAUGUGUUGAAGUUUCAAAUUUUUUGAAUGAAAAAUGUAAGAUUAAGACGGUAUAUUACCAUGCUGGACUGGCCGCUCGUCAAAGAGUCGAAGUUCAGAGGAAAUGGCAUAUGGGUGAAGUCCACAUUGUAUGUGCUACCAUUGCUUUUGGGAUGGGAAUUGAUAAACCAGAUGUUCGCUUUGUUAUCCACAAUACCUUGUCCAAAUCAAUUGAAAGCUACUAUCAAGAAUCUGGAAGGGCUGGAAGAGAUAAUCUCCCUGCUGUAUGCAUUGUUCUAUACCAGAAGAAGGACUUCAGUCGGGUUGUCUGUAUGUUGAGGAAUGGACAAGGACGUAAAAGGGAGAGCUUUAAGACAGCAAUGACCCAAGCUCAGAAGAUGAAACACUACUGUGAACUCAAGGCUGAAUGUCGAAGACAAGCCUUACUUGAACACUUUGGAGAGUCUGUUGACCGUAAAGACUGCAAAUAUGGUUCUAAUCCAUGUGAUAACUGUCUCAAGACAUCCAUAUGAUGUUUUCAAAGGAUGAGGAUUGCAUAUAUCUUGUUUCAUCUGAGUUCUGCUCAAUACAGUAACCAGAGCCUACAUGGUCAUUGUCAGUUAAAGGUACUACAGACCGAACUCCUUGUUAAUUUGGACUUUCCUGCAAAUUUGCAUUAUUUAUAACUGAUCUCACGUGCUCCUGUGGAUGGAUGGAAGAAUUUGGGACGAGGUGAGUAUGGUAAAGCCAAGAGGUGUUGAAAAAAUUUAAAAAAAUCAUGCCACCAGUCAAUUUUCCAUAUAUUAUAUCUGUCCGAAUUAGUAAUUUAAUUGGAUUACUCUUGAAAAUUUCAUUAAAAUAGUUGAUAGUGAGCUAUUGAUGACCAUUGGCUUUUGUUUGAGGCAAAUGACUCCUUACUUUUUAUCUUUCAUUUUCACUCAGAUGGCUAACCAAAAGCAUCUCGUUACAAUUGGCA